AUGAACACUACCAUCAUACCCUUACAUCGUCAUCGGCGAUUGCUGAAAAACUUCAAUUAUAAGUUUUCUAUCUACCCCCACUCAUCAAACCCUCAGAGCCCCAAACGAAAAUCUGUCACUGUUUGUAUCCAGAUAUUUGUUUCAAAGGAUUUGAUGAAGAAGCUGAUGGAGGCGAAGGCUUUAGCCGUUGAAUCAGACCUGGAAAUUGUUUUUGGUGGUGAAGCCAAUUGCCUUAAAGACGGAAUUAAGCUGCAAUAAGUAAGAAAUGGAAAAAGAAGAGAGAUAAGUUCCAGCAUUGGCAGCGAGAGGCCUGUAAAGGAGUAGAUACUUCCAUCUGGUUACAUCUUUAUAGUGCACUGCUAUUAUUGGUGCAUUAAUGUUAUGUAUGUUAUAACAAUAUUCAAUUUUUUGUUGUUUGUUUUUUUUACAGUUUGUGUUUAGCUUGUUGGCCUU